CUGUAUGAGAGACUGCGAACUUGAAAUACCAGACUGCAGCUGCUCGGAGAGUUACAAGUCUCCAGCGAUUAAAUCAUUUGGAUAGAGGGAGAGACUUCACUCGUUAAGACAGGACAGUUCAAGUCCCAUCUCAAUCUGGAGGUGGAUCUUCUCUCUAGGGUGUGUCUUCUUCUGAGGGAGCAGUGGUUUCACCCCCAGGUAGUGGCACAGAUUUUGGAUCCGUGUGGCAGGGCACAGUAUCAGAAAUGUCAUCAACCACACAACUAUCUGAAGAGCAACUCCUGUGCUCCAUAUGUCUCUUUGUUUUCACUGACCCAGUAUCUACUCCAUGUGGACACAAUUUUUGUAUGGGGUGCAUUAACGAAUACUGGGAUAGCAUCCAAAACUACCAAUGUCCUAUGUGCAAAGAGAAAUUCUGUGACAGACCUUAUCUAAGGAUCAACACAACCUUCAGAGAGGUGGUGGAAGACUUCAAGAAUAAAAAGGGUCUUGCUAAACCUGAAGUUCCCUGUGAUAUCUGUACGGGGUCAAGGGACAAGGCGGUGAAAUCCUGCCUUGUUUGCUUGGUCUCCUAUUGUGCUGCUCACCUGGAACCACAUCAAAGAGUUCCAGUCUUAAAGAAGCACACCCUUAUAGACCCUUACCAGAAACUGGAGGAGAGAAUAUGCAACAAGCAUGGCCAACUCCUAGAGUUAUUCUGCAAAGAUGACAAUAUGAGUAUCUGUCAGUUCUGCAUUGAGACAGACCACAUGAGCCACAACACCGUUCCAUUAGAAGUGGAGUGUGUCCACCAUAAGAUUCGGCUGGAAAAGACCCACACAGACAUACAGCUACUGAUUAAGGACAGAUUAAAUCAGAUAAAGAAAAUUAGACACACUCUUCAAGUUGGCAAGAAAACUACUGAGAAAGAAAUAGAAUCUAGUUCUGAGGUCUUUAUCGCCCUGAUACAAUCUGUUGAGCAAAGCCAGGCCAAUCUGGCCAAGGCAAUGCAAGAGAAGCACAAAGAAGUGGAGAGAGAUGCAGAGCAGCUCAUCAAGGAGCUGGAGAAGGAUAUCAUCCAGCUGGAGGAGAGAGACGCUAACCUGGAGCAGCUCUCUCACAGUGACGACUAUGUGCAUCUUCUUCAGGUCUAUUCAUCAAUGCCCAAUAUUCCAGAACCCAAGGUCUUCAGUGAAUUUUGCAUAAAAACUGACCUGUGCAUGGAUGCCUUGUGGAAGGUCAUGGCUGAGCUGAAACAAUCAUUACAGAAAGAAAUGGACACUCUCUCUGGCAUACAAUUGAAGAGGAUUCAAAAAUAUAAAGUGGAUGUGACCUUGGAUCCGAACACAGCCCACCCAGAGCUUGUACUCUCUGCUGACAUGAAACAAGUUUCAUUUGGAAAUAAGCGGCAGAGACUCCUUAACAGCCCAGAGAGAUUUGACUCUGCUGUUUCUGUCUUGGCAAAGGAAGGGUACUGCUCAGGGAGAUUUUACUUUGAGGUCCAGGUCAAGGGGAAAACUGAGUGGGAUUUGGGAGUGGUUUGCGAGACUGCCAACAGAAAAGGAGAGAUUAAACUGACCCCAGCUCAUGGCUAUUUUACACUGGUCUUAAGGAAUGGGGACGAGUACACCGCUGCUGCCGGUCCAUCUGUGCGGCUCACCCUAAGCGAGAAGCCUGAAAAGGUUGGGGUCUUUGUGGAUUACGAGGAGGGCACUGUCUCUUUUUAUAAUGUAGAGGCCAAGUCCCAGAUGUACUCGUUUAAUGGUUUCUCAUUUACAGAGAAGCUGUUUCCAUACUUUAGCCCUUUUCUUAGUGAUGGAGGUCGCAAUGCUGCCCCUCUCAUCAUCAUGAAUGAUGUCGGUACCACCCCUGUCUUAUUGUAGGGAAAAUUCUCUUAAAUGUAGGGAAAUUCUCAUUCCUCAGAAACUGGUCUUCCUAUUGAACAAAGAAAAAAGAUCUCCUGUUAUUUAUUGAUCAUUGUAGUCUACAACAGAUUCCCUGGAGAGAGAAUAUUCAAGUUCAAUAUGUCUUACAAAUAAAAUUGCCAUGCUAAAUGUUUCACUUUACAAUGACAGUAAGAAAUGCACUCACUGUUUUAAAAACAAAAAGAGGGAUUUUAGAUUGAGGAAAACUGUAAGAUAAAGAUUGAGUGAAGAGCGGGUGAGUGGAAAAGAUGGAGGGAGAAGUGUUCUUGUCACAAGAAAAUAGACAGAAUCAUUUUGGAGUUCAGUUGUGCCAUUUUCACCUUUAUUUUUUUCUUCUGACAUCUGACACAAUUGAUGCACAUGUGUAAUAUAUCAUAAAUACAAGAUUUUAUCCAUGA